AUGAAUGGAUUCUGUAAUCGUUCAAUGAUGAAUGGAUUCUAAUCAGUGCGACAAUCAAAUGAUUUGAAAUUUGGAAGAAAGCCUCAAGAAGAAGGUGCAGAAAUCGGAGUUGGAGAAGAAAGAAAAUCUGAAUCAGACAUGGUACCAAAACUAUAUGAUGAUCUAUUUAUUGAACCAGCUGGUGAUUACGAUAUUAUUUACGCUGAUUACAAUUCAACGUAA